GAAUUUAGGACCAGAAUGCAGACGACCAGAAGAGUCACAGAAAGUCUGACCAGGCUUCAGGGGAGCGGGGCUGAGGGUCGACGGUGCUGGGCAGGCGCAGGCAGAGAGGCAGGACCAACCACUUGUUGUGGUGGCGCAACAAUUGGUCCCCCCCCCCACACACACACACACACUUCACAGGGUAGUUCCCAGUUUCAGAUCCGGAUAAAAGCGUCGCAGGCGGCGCGCCCAGUGCGCACAAACCAGCAGAGAGACCGGAGAGGGACGAUGAAGCUCCGCGCAAAGCAGACCGUCCUCCUCCUAGUGACCGUUGUCAGUGUGCGCGCGGCCGCAGACCGACAUGCGCCAGAAAUCCACACGGAGCUCGGGAGCCUGAGCGGUGAAUAUCUGAGUGUGAAAGGGGGGAUUGGAGUCGAUUCCUACCUGGGUGUCCCGUUUGCCAAGCCACCAGUAGGCCCCACUCUGAGACUGGCUGCACCUCAGCCUGUAGAGAGAUGGGAAGGAGUGAGAGAUGCCACCAAGCAGCCACCCAUGUGUGUCCAGAAUAAACAGCUUUCCCUAGAUCUGCUUGCACUAGCUGGUUUCGUGUUCCAAGAUAUUCCAGACCUUUCCGAAGACUGCCUCUACCUCAACAUUUACAGUCCUGCAAGCAGAGCUCGCGAUGCUAAGCUGCCAGUCAUGGUCUGGAUCCAUGGUGGAGGGUUUUAUAUGGGGGCUGCUUCAAUGUAUGAUGGCUCCGCCCUGGCUGCUUACCAGGAUGUAGUUGUGGUUGUGAUCCAGUACCGCUUGGGACUUCUGGGAUUCCUCAGCACUGGAGAUGAGCACAUGUCUGGUAACUUUGGAAUGCUGGACCAGGUGGAAGCUCUGAGGUGGAUCCAGCAGCACAUUCACAACUUUGGUGGAGACCCAGAUUUAGUGACGGUAUUUGGGGAGUCUGCUGGUGGAGUGAGCGUAUCACUCCUGCUUCUCUCACCGUUGUCCGAUGGCCUGAUCCAUCGCGCCAUUGCUGAAAGUGGCACUGCUGCAAUGGACGCACUUGUUUUAAAUAAUCCUCUACAAUUGGCACAGAUUGUAGCAAACAUGUCUGGCUGUAGUCUGGAAAGCACUGAGAAGAUCGCCCAUUGCAUGAAAAACCUUGACGUUGAUACUUUUGAGUCUUUUGGGAAGGAUACACAAUUAAGAGUAGGCGUAAAUCUGGACGGACACUUCCUGACGAAACCUGUGAAUGAGCUUUUCCACAAACACGAACUUCGCACUGUGCCGUUCAUGACUGGUGUUAAUAAUGAUGAAGGGGGCUGGUUACUUCCUAAUUUUAUGGCUCCUCCAAACUGGACGGAGGGGGUGGAUCGUGAGCAGGUCGUCAACAUGCUGUCCAUAUUCUACAAUGAUCCCAAAGACGCGAUCAUCGUAGAUUUGCUCACAGAUGAGUACAUUGGAACUGGUGAAGAUCGUGUGAAGAACAGAAAUGGAUUAACUGAGCUGAUAGGAGAUAUUCUAUUUACCAUUCCAGCUAUAAAGACUGCUAAUGCCCACAGAGAUGGAGGCGCCCCUGUAUUCCUGUAUGAGUACCAGCAUGCUCCCAGCUUCCUGCAGGCAAAAAGGCCAAGCUUUGUCAGGAGUGACCAUGGAGAUGAAAUCAUCACAGUACUUGGGCUUUGUCUCACUACUACCCAUGUCACAUUCACAGACCAGUGUCUUGAAGAGGAGGUACAACUUAGCAAAAUCUUGAUGAGCUACUGGGGCAACUUUGCUCGCACAGGUUCUCCUAAUGGGAACGGCCUUGUCCACUGGCCCAAGUAUGGAGCAGAGGAAGAGUACCUGGCAAUUGCACUGAAGGAGCAGGUAACUGGUCAACACCUGAAGCAGGACCGGUUUGUCUUCCUGACUCAGACCAUCCCAGAGAAGGUCCAACAACGACGAGAGAAAACGGAGCACUCCGAGCUGUAGAAAAGUCGUCUCUCCUUUCUCCACUCCGUCUGUGAGACAUUUGUGAAACUAAUGGGAGAAUAAAAAUGACAUUUUUAACCAACUGAAAAA